UACUAAGGCUGCUUUUUUUCUAAAUUUGCAUAUCAGAUGUUUGGUAUUUUUGCUUUUGUCUACAUAAAAUUGUCUUUUAGACCAAUAAAAACUUGGGCGCUCACAAUUGGCUGCUGCUAGUGGGUGGAGUUUUACAUUGCUUACGGCUGUGACUUGUGUAUUUGUGAUGAGUGUUUUCUUUAUUUAAAAUCUCUACCCCCAUUCACGAUCAGCUUCAGCGUGUUUUCUGGUACCUCUGUUCUGCGACCUGCUCCAUGGCUGCAGACUCUAAUGUAACAUACAUUCAUCUGGACGGAUUUGUAGAAAUGCAAAAGUACAGAUAUGUUUAUUUUGUCAUCAUGUUUACAGCUUAUCUUCUGAUCAUCUUCUCUAACAUCACCAUUGUGGUCGUGGUGCUCCUUCACCAGAAUCUUCAUCAGCCCAUGUACAUCUUCAUCGCUGCUCUGUUGCUCAACUCAGUUCUGCUGAGCACCAACAUUUACCCAAAGCUGUUGGUGGACUUUUUAUCAAAGAAGCAAAUCAUCUCAUAUCCAGGCUGUCUCCUCCAAUGUUAUCUUUAUUACUCUUUGAGCAGUUCAGAAUUUUUACUGUUGGCAGUCAUGGCCUAUGACAGGUAUGUUUCCAUCUGUAAACCUCUUCAGUACCCGGUCAUCAUGAGGAGAACAGUUGUCUUCCUUCUGUUGGUCUUCGCAUGGGUGCUUCCUCUUUGUCAAAUAGUUGUUCCUCUCCUUAUCAACUACCACAGAAAACUCUGCACUUUCAGACUCAAAGGCUUUUUCUGCAACAACACAAUGAACUAUCUCUACUGUGUGUCCUCCAGAAUUCUGUUUAUCUACGGUACGGUGGCUCUUGUUGACCUCGUCGUAGUUCCGAUGCUCUUCAUAAUCUUCACGUAUGCCAACAUCUUAAUCAUCUCGUGCAGGAGCUCUAAGUCUGUGAGGAGCAAAGCAACAAAUACCUGCCUGCCUCACCUGCUGGUUUUGAUCAAUUACUCCUGUCUGAUCAUCUACGACAUCACCAUUGUCAAGCUCGAUGGAGAGUUUGACAGAACAGCUCGUUUCCUGAUAUCCCUGCAGACGCUGGUGUACAAUCCUCUCUUUAACCCUAUCAUUUACGGCCUUAAGAUGAAGGAAAUUAAUCAAGCUCUGAAACGCUUGUUUCGUCCUGUCAAACACAGCUGAUCAAUUGAUCCAGCAAUUCAUUGUUGAUCAAGCUAUCUGUCAUCAAAUGUAUCUGCUGGUCUUUUUGUUACAGAUUCACCAGAAAUGAUGUUCUUUCUUUGCCAUCUGAUUUUUGUUCGGACAUGUUUUGGUAAAAACUGGUAUAUGGUCAAGAAAAACAUAAUGUUAUAACCUUAAUAAUAGCGUCACUUUUCUAUAAACUUAUUUCUGAUGUGACAAAAUGGGAAGGGGAAUGAAAGGUGUGCUAUCCAAAUUAAACUAAAUUAAAAAAUAUAUAUCUCUCUCUCUUUCAUUCAAUUUUAAGUACAGUACAAAAUUAAUGGUCAAUAUGCUGAGGAUAUAUUCUGCAGAAAAGACCCCAAAGAAAAUCUAUGUCUCUUUUUUACCCAAACAGGCAGAGGAAUAUUUACACCAAUGUUUUCCUCAUGAUGUAACAUGACAAACAUCAUCAUUUCUCUCCGUGCAUGUCCUUGCACAAACUGAACAGGCGCUUUAGCUUUAUGGCCAUGAGACACGAAGAGAGAAUGAAUUUGAAAAGUCCACUUUUAGAGAAAAAAAAAAAAAGAUUUAACAAACCAGAUCGAGACGAGUGCAGAAACGUGACAACUUGAAAAAUAAAGAAUGGAUGAUAGUGGAGUCUUAACAUCCAAUGUGGUCUGGGUGUAUCUGUGGGAUGCUGCUAUUGUUGUGGACGGGUAAGCCUGUGGUUAUGAAACGAUAAUUAGACCAGAAACAUUGAAAUAUGCCAAUUUUGAUAUGUUCAUAUAAAGAAAGAAAAACGAGGGUCCACCGUAUUUUGUAACUGAUAUUGAUUGUAAAAUGGGUUGAUUGUAGUCAAUAAAUUGUAACUGUUUUUAAUGACAUAGCUAUGGCGAUGUAUCAUGGAUGAAAUGCAUUGCAAUAUAUUGAUUGUCACAGAAUCCCUUGUGAUAUUAUUGUUAUCGUGGGCAAAAUACUGUAUCUUGAUGGUAUCAUGUCGCAAGUUACCUGGCAAUACCCAUCCCUAAUCAGCAACAUUGCUGUAUAGCUGAUGAUUUAAUUCGAUUAAAUGCAAUUAUUAGUGUGAUGUCAUCUCUCAAAUUCAUUAUCAAGCAAAUGCGUUUGUGGAAUCGGUAGGAAUUGUUAAAUCAGCAGAACAAUAGCUGUCAUGGUGCAUUCCAGUUUUACUAAUACAAAUCAGCAGCUUGACUGAUUUUGCAAACUUCACAAAGGUGUAGGACCCAUGCAGUUAAGGUACAGUGACAUCAGCUGUUUCUUUCUUGAGCUCAUUUGUGACUUGCAUAGUGUCCUGGGAUAAUCUGACUGACCCUUAGGUCACUAACACCAGGCUGAUGGAUUACUGAUAGAAUCAGAGUUGAAGCACCAAUCAGAGUGAACAUGAAGUGUUUGUGUAU